UUGGACCUGCGCUUGACUCACUGCACACCACCCCGCACCGCACGACCUGCGUGAGCAAGGAGGGCGAGAUGGCGACGGCCAGCCUCCCCGGCUCGCCGGAGGCGGCGGCGGCGGUGCUGGAGAACGACGAUCUGGUCUCCGAGAUCCUCCUCCGCCUCCCCCCGCAGCCGUCCUCCCUCCCGCGCGCCUCCCGCGUCUGCAGGCGCUGGCGCCGCCUCCUCUCCGACCCCGCCUUCCGCCGCCGCUUCCGCAUUCACCACCGCCGCGGCACCCCUCCGCUCCUCGGUCUCUUCGGCUCGAGCCGGGGCGUCGUCACCUUCCAGCCAGCCCUGGACGCCCCCGACCGCCUCCCCCGCGGCCACUUCUCCCUCAACCUCGACGACGACUACAUGACCCUCGGAUGGCGCCACGGCCUCGCGCUCUUCUACCUCCCGGACUCGCUCCAGGUCGUCGUCUGGGACCCCCUCGCCGGCGCCCAGCACCGCCUCGACAUUCCCGAGGGGUUCGUGCUCGACCCGUCGGAGGACCCAGUCAACGGGGCGGUGCUUCGCGCCGCCGGGGACAUCGACCACUUCCAGGUGGUCCUGGUAACCAGCGACGGGAGACGACCAGCACUUGCCUGCGUUUACUCGUCGGAGACUGGGUUAUGGGGUGAUUUCAUCUCCGCGCAGCUCCAAUCCGCGACCAUGGUCCAUUGGGGCGAGCCCUCUGUGCUGGCUGGGGGUUGCAUUUACUGGUUGAUUUCUGUGACGAGUAUCCUCGAGUUUGAUUUGGAUAGCCAGAGCCUAGCUGUGAUAUUGGUGCCAGCGGACAUGCUUACCGGCAGGAGUCACCAGUCCACGGUUAUGCGAGCAGAGGGUGGUGGGAUGGGUUUCCUCAACGUGGCAGACUUCACUGCCGAAUUUUGGAGGAGGGAGACAGACUGUGAUGGUUCAUGGAUGCUUGGAGGAACUGUUGAAUUGGACAAGUUACUUCCCCCAGGUUCAGAUAACGAAGCCCUGCGUAUGUUAGGUUAUGCGGAGGAAAACAAUGUGGUGUUCUUCUGGACAGUUGUUGGUGUCUUCAUGUUCAACCUUCAGUCAUUGGAGCCCACGAGACUUUCUGAGAUUGGCAUCUCUGGUUAUGGUUAUCAUCCAUUCGAAACCGUCUAUACUCCAGGCAUUGGUGGUGGACAAGAGGGAACUGACAAGAGGCGCUCGUGGUGGAAACGAUGUAGGCAACACAUAAGAGGAUUAUUCAGUUGCGCUCGUGGUGGAAACGAUGGAGAUAACAAAUAAGAGGAUUAUUCUGUUAGAUAUGCUAUUGUGAUGUAUUGGUCGAGCAAGGUCGGCGGCAUGAUGCUUCGUGUGCGAUAACCACUUCGUAUCUGGUGAAAUCUCAUUUGGUCGCGAUACUACAUAUACGGUUGCCAGACAUAUUGCUGUGCCUAUGGAAGUGAAAAUAGACGUAUUACACGAACAUGUGUGUUCUUAUGACACUGCCCGUCAGGUUUUUCCUAUGUACCGUAUCUCGCGGAUUGGAUGAAUUGCGAAUGUGUAUGCGGAUAUCUGUGGAUGGUAGAGGGAAUGUAUCGUGAUGUCUUUUCGGGAGGGGAAUACGGUGAUUAGUUACUGGUAAGCAAGGAACAAAUUGAUUUGCCCAUGGUUUUUCGCGGCAGCACAAUUUCUCCCUCUCUGUGCCGAUUGCAUGUUGCAUCAGGCCAGGAGAUUUUAAUUUGGCGCCGGGUUUCUGCUUAUAUAUGUUCCAUGAUGUC